GGAGUUACGACUAAUUAGUAAUUACUACUGAUAGCAUCUUCCUCUUCCUCUUCCUAUAACCUCAAAACCUUUUAAUCCUGCAGUGAUGGCUGGCGGUGGACUAGCGGUAGCCGCCGCCGGAGGUGUAGAGUUCGAGGCUAAAAUCACGCCUAUUGUCAUCAUCUCAUGCAUUAUGGCCGCCACCGGCGGUCUUAUGUUUGGUUACGAUGUCGGCGUUUCAGGUGGAGUUACGUCGAUGCCGGAUUUCUUGAAGAAAUUUUUUCCGGCGGUGUAUAAGAGGACGAAGGAAGGAGACCAAGAUAGUAAUUACUGCAAAUAUGAUAAUCAAGGCUUACAACUAUUCACUUCCUCCUUGUAUCUUGCUGGACUGACUGCAACUUUCUUCGCAUCCUACACCACCAGGCGGCUUGGAAGAAGGCUCACCAUGUUGAUUGCUGGAGUUUUCUUCAUCAUCGGAGUCGUUUUUAAUGCCGCUGCUCAAGACCUAGCCAUGCUCAUUAUCGGCAGAAUUUUGCUUGGUUGUGGAGUUGGUUUUGCUAAUCAGGCUGUUCCGGUUUUUCUUUCAGAAAUAGCUCCCACAAGAAUACGUGGAGGUCUUAACAUAUUAUUUCAACUUAAUGUCACAAUUGGGAUUCUUUUUGCCAACCUUGUGAAUUACGGCACUGCAAAAAUUGAAGGGGGAUGGGGGUGGAGACUCUCGCUAGGGUUAGCUGGAGUCCCUGCAGCGCUCCUGACAAUAGGUGCACUCUUGGUGGUAGACACGCCCAACAGCUUGAUUGAGCGAGGGAAGUUAGAAGAAGGUAAAGCCGUGCUUAAAAAGAUCCGGGGAACUGACAACGUGGAACCUGAGUAUUUGGAGCUUGUCGAGGCUAGUCGGGUCGCUAAAGAAAUCAAACACCCUUUCCGUAAUCUCUUGCUCCGUAAGAACCGCCCACAACUCAUUAUCGCAGUCGCCCUACAGUUCUUCCAACAAUUCACGGGGAUCAACGCGAUCAUGUUCUACGCACCUGUUUUAUUUAGCACCUUAGGAUUCAAGAACGAUGCCUCGCUCUACUCAGCUGUCAUUACCGGAGCCGUCAACGUUUUAUCCACCGUCGUCUCAAUUUACUCUGUUGACAAACUCGGCCGCCGAAUCCUUCUUCUGGAAGCCGGAGUCCAAAUGUUCUUGGCACAAGUCGUGAUCGCGAUCAUACUCGGAUUGAAAGUUUCCGACACAUCCGACAAUCUUGGCACCGGGUUCGCGGUACUAGUCGUGAUCAUGAUCUGCACCUUUGUUUCUGCAUUCGCAUGGUCAUGGGGACCGUUGGGAUGGCUCAUCCCGAGCGAGACAUUCCCCCUUGAGACCCGGUCUGCAGGACAGAGUGUGACGGUCUGCAUCAACUUGCUAUUCACGUUCAUUAUCGCACAGGCGUUUCUAUCAAUGCUUUGCCACUUCAAAUACGGGAUCUUCUUGUUCUUCUCGAGUUGGGUGUUUGUAAUGUCGAUAUUCGUUUGGUUUUUGGUUCCGGAAACGAAGAACAUUCCGAUUGAGGAGAUGACAGAAAGGGUAUGGAAGAAGCAUUGGUUGUGGAAGAGGUUCAUGAAUGACGACGAAUUUGAUGCUCAAGAUGAAUUUGCCAAGAAGAAUGGGCAGUUAUAGAUUCCUUCGUUAUGUUUAUGGAAAAAUAGGAAAAAGAAAUAUAUAAAAAAAAAAUAUAUACAGAGUAUGAGUAUGAGUAUGAUGUUGGUUUUUAUGAGUACGUAUAAUUUUGUUUUCAUUUUUUUAAUCGCUUAAAUAUAUAACCGAUUAAAACAAAAUAUAUGAAGUUAUAGUUUAGUGGUGGUUAACAAUUUAGUUUUGGUUUAAUUGUAGAGCUGAGGUUUAAGAGGAUGUACUCAAAGGUGUAUGUUAUUGUGUAAAAUAAACAUUCAAUAAAAUAA